UCAUUAUUAUCAUAUUAUUAAUAUUAUUAUCAUUUAACAAAACAUUCCAUGAAGCUCCAAGAGCUGUGCUGAAAUCUUGGAAAAACUAAGUUGCUUGCAUUUAUCUAAAAUUAUUAAAAAUUCUCAGACUGUAUUAUUAAUUGCGUUAAAUACAUGACAGAAAAUUCUACAAUACAAAUUAUUUUUGAAUUGUGUAUUCAUUCACUUGUCAAACGCAAUUCUUUAAAGCGUGCUUAUUUUUGAGCAUUUUUUGGUGGGGGGGGGGGAAGGGAUUUUCUGAAAUACUUAUAUCACUGUUAAUCUUGAAAUCCAAUGCAAAUAUUUUUUCGAACGAAAAAGAACAUAACUUGUGAUAAAAUUGCAUUUAAAAUUUAUAAAAUUGUAGAAUUUUUUUGUCGUCACUCAUUUUUUUAUGGAUUCAUCUUUGAUUCGGAUAUUUUUAAAAUUAAUGGCUUUAUAUAUAUAUGCAUCAAUAUAUUUUUUUGAUUUAAUACAGUAUUAUAUAUUGUUUUUGUUUAGGUUGUAUUAUUGAUUAUUAAUAAUAAAAUAACUGUAAUUGUCAUCUUGAUAAUUAUCCUGAUCACACUUAGAUUAUUAUAUUGAUUACAGAUAAAGAAUGAACUCAAAUGGUCCCGGUCACCUUCUACCUGGAUUUCAACCUGUAAUGACCGCUGGUACACCCGGUCAACCUGGUUUCCAACCUGGGACCUGUGGAGAACCCUCCACCAGAGUUGAGAUCUCAGUGUCAGCUAAACAACUUCUAAAUAAAGAUUUAGUCUCGAGAUCGGACCCAAUGUGCGUCCUGUUCCGAGGGUUGGAUGGAAACCGGUGGGUAGAAGAGGGUAGGACGGAGCAGAUUGUAGAUUCUCCAAACCCUGUCUGGGAUACUAAAUUCAUUCUAGACUACAGGUUUGAACAGAGGCAGAUGCUAAAGUUUGAAAUUUAUGAUAUAGAUUCAAAAAGUACAAAACUAGAGGAUCAUGAUUUUUUGGGUCAUGUCAUCUGCUCUUUAGGAGAGAUAGUGUCUGGUCAGAGUCGAGGGUUUAAGAGGAACCUGGAGAAGGGGCAGGGAAUCCUAUUCAUAGCAUCUGAGGAGAUGGUGGAGAGUAAUCAGAUUAUCAGAAAUAUUCCGAACUUCAGAAAAUGAAAAUAUCUUGGUUCAUCGAUCAGAGGUGAUAAAGAAGACAUUGAACCCGUCUUGGCGUGAGCUGACCCUUCCGGUCUCACAGCUGUGUAUGGCUGACCCAGAUAGAACUCUUAUCUUUAUCUUCAAGAAGAAGAAGAAGAAGGGAGCCAAGUACAAGGACUCAGGAACAAUCAAGUUCAACAAGUGUAGUGUAGAGGAACAACCUUCCUUUCUGGAAUAUAUUAGUAAAGGGACAAUGCUUAAUUUUACACUAGCUGUAGAUUUUACAGGUUCAAAUGGAGCUCCCAGUAACCCUACAUCUCUUCAUUACAGGGAUCCGAGUGGUAAACCCAACCAGUACCUGACUAGUAUACAUGCUGUAGGAGAGAUAGUUCAAGAUUAUGAUUAUGAUCAACAGUUUCCUGCUCUUGGAUUCGGAGCUAGAGUUCCUCCUCAUGGACAGGUGUCUCAUGAGUUUUUCUUAAACAUUGGAUCUCCAAACCCAUUCUGCCAAGGACUACAAGGAAUAGUAUCUGCCUACUAUACUGCAUUAAACCAAGUACAACUGUACGGACCAACCAACUUCUCUCCGGUCAUAAACCACGUGGCCAAAUUUGCAGCAGCCUACCAGAAUGAUCCUUCUAAUUAUUUCAUCCUUCUCAUUCUCACUGAUGGUAUUAUCACAGAUAUGGUGGAAACCAAACAGGCCAUAAUCGCAGCAUCUGCUCUACCGAUGUCUAUAAUUAUUAUUGGAGUUGGUGAAGCAGAUUUCUCAGAAAUGGAGGAGCUGGAUUGUGACGGGGGGUUGUUAAGCAGCCAUGGACAUAAUGCGAAGCGAGAUAUUGUACAGUUCGUAGAAAUGAGAAGAUUUCUUUACAAAAACCAACAUGGAGGCCAGGGCUGGGACAAGGAAACCCUAGCCAAGGAAUUUUCAUCAUUUUUUAUAAUUUUAAAUUAAGGAUUUAUUUUUAACAAAUUUUCUCAACUUUGAUCUUUAACCAGAAUAUAUUAAACCUCCCCCCCCUUAAUCUAAUUUUUGCUCUUCUAUUUGGCGUUUGGUCUAUUUUUUCUAUUUUUUUGCCCUGGUGCUAUAUUUUUUGACAUCUUGAAUUUUCUUGACUUUGAAGAAAUAAGUUGAUGCUUUUAAAAAAUCAAAAACAGUUUGACCUCUGGUAUUUUUUUAAUACUUAGAUUAGAUACAGGGUACGUGUCCUCGACAUAUAACAGUUGGUGAAUAGUUUUUAACGUCUUCUUCCAUGUAGAUAUUACAGACUUUUUUUUAUUAAAGAAAUCUUUUACUCAAAUUAUUUUACUUUGAAACCAAUUUUACCAUAAUAUGACUUCCAUUUUAUAUUUUUUGAUUCUCUCAGUAUCAGACAACGUGUUUCCGUCUGUAUCACGUGACAGUAAUACUGCACUGCCAUUGGUAGAAGUUUUGGUCACGAACGAUUAAAUUUUAUUACCAAAUAUAUUUAUUAAAAAUUAAAUAUUAUUAAAUUCAAAUAUAUAUGAGCAA